AUGGGCCGGCAAUACUUCAAACAAGCAGCUGGUCUCCCAAACCAGAAGACAUCACCAUCUGUCGACGUCUCCGCCGUGGUGAAAGAAGUCAUCGACACGAUUCGCACAGAGGGUGAUGCUGGGGUCAGAAAAUUCUCUGAAAAAUUCGACAAGUGGUCGCCGCAGAGCUUCAAGCUGUCUCAGGCUGAUAUCGACGCUUCCAUGGCCAAUUGCCCCAAACAAACACUGAACGAUAUCAAGGAAGUGCAGCAGAAUGUGCGAGCAUUUGCAGAAGCACAGAAGAAAUCUCUUCAAGACUUCGAGAUUGAAAUUCGGCCGGGAGUGCACUUGGGGCAGAAGAAUGUCCCCAUCGAUAAUGUGGGCGCAUAUAUUCCCGGCGGUCGAUAUCCGCUCCUUGCAUCGGCACACAUGACAAUCCUGACUGCUAAAGUUGCCGGCGUCAAGAAUGUCAUCGGGUGCACGCCUCCGAUCAACGGCCAGAUCCCGCAUAGCACAAUCGCCGCCAUGCACCUGGCCGGCGCUGACGAGAUCUUUCUGCUCGGAGGCGUUCAAGCCGUGGCUGCUAUGGCUGUUGGCACCGAGAGUAUCCGCAAAGUUGAUUUCCUUGCUGGACCAGGCAACGCUUUUGUGGCCGAAGGCAAAAGACAACUUUUCGGCGAGGUUGGCAUCGACCUCUUCGCGGGCCCUACGGAAAUUCUUAUUCUUGCCGAUGAGACCGCCGAUGCAUUCACUGUGGCUACAGAUCUGGUCUCCCAAGCGGAACACGGUCCGGAUACCCCGGCUGUGUUGAUCACGACUUGCCCAGAGCUUGGGCGGAAGACCAUCAAGGCAGUGGAAAUGCUUGUUAAAUGA